AUGACGGUGACUCAGCUCAUGGGAAAGAAAUGUCUGAGCGGAGGAGCAAAACCAGACAGCAGCCAGGAUCACAUCAGACUUCUAGGUAAGCAGGUUGUUCAGGGAGGAGAUGGCGAGGUUGGGAAGCUCAAGCCCAGUUUUGGAAACAAAGGAGACAGCAUUGGGCAGCUGGGCAGCCUGUGUUUCAACAGUGACACCAAGUGGCAGCAACAGCUACAGGGCCAGCGGAAGACCAUUAGACUCCAGGUUACAUCUGACGGAAAACCAAAAAUUGUUGAUAUCAUUGACACAACAGGAAGUGGUGAUGUGAAUACUUGUACGGUAGUAGAGCCAAAAGAUGGUGAAAUUAUUGGCCUUUCGGGAAGAGUGCUUAAGAUUCCUGCGAGCUGGACAAAUCCCUCAGGCACAUAUCAUAUUGGCAUAAAAAAUGGAUACGACUUCUAUCCGAAGGCUCUCAAGGAAAGGAUACAGAAAGAACGGAAGGAAAAAAUUUGGGACCCUGUUCACAGAGUGGCUCUGGCAGAAGCUUGUAGAAAACAGGAAGAAUUUGAUGUUGCCAACAAUUGCCCUUCUCAAGUAAAUAAACUGAUCAAGGAGGAGCUUCAGAGUCAAGUGGAAUUGCUGAAUUCUUUUGAGAAAAAGUAUAGUGAUCCUGGCCCUGUAUAUGACUGUUUGGUAUGGCAUGAUGGUGAAGUCUGGAGAGCCUGCAUUGAUUCUAAUGAAGACGGGGACUUGAGUAAAUCUACUGUAUUGAGAAACUACAAAGAAGCCCAAGAAUAUAGCUCUUUUGGCACAGCUGAGAUGUUGAAUUACUCCGUUAAUAUAUAUGAUGAUGGAAACCUGCUCUCUAUUGUGACCAGUGGAGGAGCUCAUGGAACACAUGUAGCUAGUAUAGCUGCUGGGCAUUUUCCAGAAGAACCUGAACGGAAUGGUGUAGCUCCUGGUGCCCAAAUUCUUUCAAUCAAGAUUGGUGAUACAAGAUUGAGCACAAUGGAAACAGGCACAGGCCUUAUAAGAGCUAUGAUAGAAGUUAUAAAUCAUAAGUGUGAUCUUGUCAACUACAGCUAUGGAGAAGCAACUCACUGGCCAAAUUCUGGGAGAAUUUGUGAAGUAAUUAAUGAAGCAGUGUGGAAGCAUAAUAUAAUUUAUGUUUCAAGUGCUGGAAAUAAUGGUCCAUGCCUUUCUACAGUUGGUUGUCCAGGUGGAACUACAUCAAGUGUAAUAGGUGUCGGUGCUUAUGUUUCACCCGAUAUGAUGGUUGCCGAGUAUUCUCUGAGAGAAAAAUUACCCGCCAAUCAAUAUACGUGGUCUUCUAGAGGCCCCAGUGCUGAUGGGGCCCUUGGAGUAAGUAUCAGUGCACCAGGAGGAGCCAUUGCUUCUGUUCCUAACUGGACACUGAGAGGAACGCAGCUAAUGAAUGGGACAUCCAUGUCUUCUCCCAAUGCAUGUGGAGGCAUUGCCCUGAUACUAUCAGGUCUGAAAGCUAAUAAUGUUAACUACACAGUUCAUUCAGUGAGAAGAGCUCUAGAGAACACUGCAGUGAAGGCUGAUAAUAUAGAAGUAUUUGCGCAAGGGCAUGGUAUUAUUCAGGUUGAUAAAGCGUAUGACUACCUCGUUCAGAAUACAUCAUUUGCUAAUAAAUUAGGUUUCACUGUUACCGUUGGAAAUAACCGUGGCAUCUACCUCCGAGAUCCUGUUCAGGUGGCAGCACCUUCAGAUCAUGGUGUUGGUAUUGAACCUGUAUUUCCAGAAAAUACUGAAAACGCCGAAAAAAUAUCCCUUCAGCUUCAUUUAGCUUUAACUUCAAACUCAUCUUGGGUGCAGUGUCCUAGCCAUUUGGAACUCAUGAAUCAAUGUAGACACAUAAACAUACGUGUGGACCCCAGGGGCUUAAGAGAAGGAUUACAUUACACAGAGGUAUGUGGCUAUGAUACAGCAUCCCCUAAUGCAGGCCCUUUGUUCAGAGUUCCAGUCACCGCAGUUAUAGCAGCAAAAGUAAAUGAAUCAUCACAUUAUGAUCUAGCCUUUACAGAUGUACAUUUUAAACCUGGUCAAAUUCGAAGGCAUUUUAUUGAGGUUCCUGAGGGUGCAACAUGGGCUGAAGUUACAGUGUGUUCUUGUUCUUCUGAGGUGUCUGCCAAGUUUGUUCUUCAUGCAGUACAGCUUGUGAAGCAGAGAGCAUACCGAAGCCAUGAAUUCUAUAAGUUUUGUUCCCUUCCAGAAAAAGGAACACUGACUGAGGCUUUUCCUGUCUUAAGUGGGAAAGCAAUUGAAUUUUGCAUUGCUCGUUGGUGGGCAAGUCUUAGUGACGUCAAUAUUGAUUACACCAUUUCUUUCCAUGGGAUUGUGUGUACUGCUCCUCAGUUAAACAUUCAUGCAUCAGAAGGAAUCAACCGUUUUGAUGUUCAGUCCUCCUUGAAAUAUGAAGAUCUGGCUCCCUGCAUAACUUUGAAGAGCUGGGUGCAAACACUACGGCCACUCAGUGCGAAAACAAAACCUUUAGGAUCAAGAGAUGUUUUGCCAAAUAAUCGUCAACUUUAUGAGAUGAUUCUUACCUAUAACUUCCAUCAACCCAAGAGUGGGGAAGUAACUCCUAGCUGCCCACUACUUUGUGAAUUAUUAUAUGAAUCAGAAUUUGACAGCCAACUCUGGAUCAUAUUUGACCAGAAUAAAAGACAGAUGGGUUCAGGAGAUGCCUAUCCACAUCAGUAUUCUUUGAAACUGGAGAAAGGAGAUUAUACAAUUCGACUACAGAUUCGUCAUGAGCAAAUCAGUGAUUUGGAACGUCUUAAAGAUCUUCCAUUUAUUGUUUCUCAUAGGUUGUCUAAUACCUUGAGCUUAGAUAUUCAUGAAAAUCAUAGCCUUGCACUUCUAGGAAAGAAGAAAUCGAGUAAUUUGACACUGCCACCCAAAUAUAACCAGCCAUUCUUUGUUACUUCCCUACCUGAUGACAAAAUACCUAAAGGGGCAGGACCUGGAUGUUAUCUUGCAGGAUCCUUAACAUUGUCAAAGACUGAACUUGGAAAGAAAGCUGGGCAGUCUGCAGCAAAACGACAAGGAAAAUUUAAAAAGGAUGUAAUCCCUGUUCAUUACUACCUAAUACCUCCACCAACAAAGACUAAGAAUGGCAGCAAAGAUAAAGAAAAAGAUUUAGAAAAAGAGAAAGAUUUCAAAGAAGAAUUUACUGAAGCAUUACGAGACCUUAAAAUUCAGUGGAUGACAAAGCUGGAUUCUAGUGACAUUUAUAAUGAGUUGAAAGAAACAUAUCCUAAUUAUCUUCCUCUGUAUGUUGCACGACUUCAUCAGUUGGAUGCUGAAAAGGAACGAAUGAAAAGACUUAAUGAAAUUGUUGAAGCUGCAGAUUCUGUUAUUUCUCAUAUAGAUCAAACGGCACUAGCAGUUUAUAUUGCUAUGAAGACUGACCCCAGGCCCGAUGCAGCUACUAUAAAAAAUGACAUGGACAAACAAAAGUCCACCCUCGUAGACGCCCUGUGUAGGAAAGGGUGUGCCCUGGCUGACCAUCUUCUUCAAGCACGGGAUCAGGACGGGGCCGUUGCAAGUGAUGCAGAGGAAAGAGAAGAGGAAGGAGAAAGUACUUUGGAUUGUCUGACGGAGACUUUUUGGGAAACUACAAAAUGGACUGAUCUUUUUGACAAUAAGGUUUUGACAUUUGCAUACAAGCAUGCAUUAGUAAAUAAAAUGUACGGGAGAGGCCUUAAAUUUGCAACUAAACUUGUGGAAGAAAAACCAACAAAAGAAAACUGGAAAAAUUGUAUUCAACUGAUGAAGUUACUUGGAUGGACCCAUUGUGCAUCUUUUACUGAAAACUGGCUCCCCAUCAUGUAUCCUCCUGAUUAUUGUGUAUUCUAAAAUGGGAACCAAGACUUGAAAUUUUAAAACAGAAAGUUUUAUAGUGAAUGAAUAUAAAAACAAAUUUGUGGCAUUUUUAGUCUAAUGCAUGUUUUCAUCAACUAUGAAAUACUGAUUAUUAAAAUGAUGUGUAUUUAUCAGAGGCUUUGCUGGCGUGUGGCUUAAUACAUGUAAAUCUAGACCUCUGACAUCAUGGUGUGUUCUUAAUGCCUCACAUUGCUGGCACUGGGCUGUGCCCUGACUGCCAGCACCAAGGACGUUCAGUUGGGUUGCAGCUACUACAUGCAUGAUAGGUUUCGAACAGUAACUUUUAACUGCAAACCUGUAAAAUUCUAUUUUUUAUUUUAUAAAUGAAAAGGGUUUUAACAUGCUCGACUUUAAUUUUUUUCAAUUGUAUGAAGGCCUUAAAAAAGCUACAUUAAGGGUAGCUAAAAUUAUUUAUUGGACUAAAAAGUAACAGAACUUCACUUUUAGAUGUUGGGGUUUUUUGUUGGUUUUUUUUUUUUUUUGCGCAAACGUUUACAUUCAAUUAAGGGGGGAAAUUAAAGGGACACAAAUAAAUGUGUGGCAAUUGCUGGAACAGAACUGCUUCUAUAAAUCUUCAUCUUGGAGUAAUUUCAGGCCAAUCAUUUUUAACAUCCUCUUGACGUGCAGAGCAUCAGAAUGAAUUAAUAAUACAUGUAUAAGUGCCAGACAGCUAAAUCUUUAUCAGGUAUUGUAAAGAUACACUUAUGGUAUGUUUAUUGAAGUUGAAAUAAUGUAAACUCAUAAAUAAAUGUGCAAAACCAAGAUUACAGUACACCAUAUACACUCUGAUACCUUAAUUUUUUAAUAAAUAAUAAAAGUGAAUAUUGAAGCUUCUUAAA